AUGGACCAGCGGCAACUGUGGAUUGACUUACGAAACUCCAUCAACACAUCAUUGAAUGGUUUAACCAGAAAGAAUGUAGCAGACACCAGUUUGGCGCUCUUUAAUGUCAAUAUUCUUCGGGGAAGAGGCCUAUUAUGUCGAGCUAUUAUUAAGACGCUUCUAUCGGAGCCUUCUACUGCGCCAAUAUUGGCAUCUUUGACAAGUAUCAUCAACUCCAAACUUCCAGAAGUCGGCGAGACUUUGGUGGCCAGAGUGGUGGUCUUAUAUAAGCGUGGAUACGUGGAAAACAACAGAGAGAUGGUGGACACGACUUUACAAUUUCUUUGCGAGCUUGUUCUUCAAGCAGUAGUGGAGGAUGUGGUGAUAUUGCAGGUUCUUCAGGUGUUGUUAAACAAGGAGCCCACGGACGACUCGAUCCGUACCGCCAUUGACAUUCUUGUGCGGGCAGGAGGAUUUCUCGAACAGAACCUGGCUCCAGCGAUGCAAAUGGUGUUUGAUCGACUUCGGGCUUUGCUCCAGGAAGGCAGACUACUGAACGUUUCUCAAAAGAGAAUCACCGAGCUUAUGAGGCUUCGACGCAAUGGAUUAAGGCUGAAAGUCGACAUAGACCUUGAUUUGGUUCCAGGAGAAGAUAAGCAGACGCAAUUUGUGGAUUUGUCGGAGAAGCAAGAUCCAGAGUUGGAGCUCAGCUAUUUCCGGCAAGAUAAUGAUUACGAGGCUGCAGAGGCCGAAUAUGAGGAAAUGAAGAAACAGAUUCUACCCGAAGUUGAAGAGGAGGAGUCAGAAACACAAAUUGUUAAGGCACAGGAGAAAGUGAUGGAUUUCACAGAUUCGGAGUUGCAGAAGAUGCAGAAAAAUAUCUAUCUCACUAUCAUGUCUAGCAUGUCAGCUGAUGAGGGGGUGCACAAGCUCUUACGACUCAAGAGAACCCAGAAGAUGGAGAAUGGAGUACUUGUGGAUAUGAUUAUCAAGUGCUGUGCACAAGAAAAGACGUACUCAAAGUACUUUGGAGUGAUUGGAGAGAAGCUUUGUGGAAUGAACCGUCAUUGGCACGAUACAUUUGUUCAGCAAUUUCAAGAGAAGUAUUCCACCAUAUAUCAGUACGAGGGGCUGCAGCUCCGAAAUAUGGGAAAGUUUUUCGGCCAUUUGAUUGCAUCUGAUACUUUGGACCCCAAGGAGACGUUGGGAUGCAUUACACUUACUGAAGAGGCAUCCACAAGCGCGGGACGAGUUUUCGUGAUGUUUCUAUUCAAGGCCUUAGUGGAGGAGUUAGGAAUUGAAGAAGUGCAACAGAUGGUUCAGGACACAGAGUUACGUGUAGGUAUUCGAGGUAUGUUUCCUGUGGUGGAUGUUGAUGAUAGAGAUCGAGACCAUCUUAAUUUUGCAAUCAAUUACUUUACUGCGAUUGGAUUGGGAGUUUUGACGCGUGAGAUGAGAGAGGUGUUGGAGAAUCUUCCAGAGCCACGAGGACGAAAACGGAGCCGGUCAAACUCUAGGUCAAGAUCUGGCUCAGGAUCCUACUCAAGAUCACGUUCUGGAAGUUAUUCUAGUGGAAGUUACUCAAGAUCACGUUCUGGAAGCUACUCUAGAUCACGUUCUGGAAGUUUCUCAAGAUCAAGGUCUCCAACUAGAUCAAGCUCACCUGCUCGUUCAAGGUCACCAUCAGAAUCACGAUCAAGAUCAAGGUCGUUCUCUAGGUCCCCUUCGAGGUCCAUACCUGCUAAUGGUAGAGACUGA